UACAACUGCCCCUUUUUAUCAACCUAGCCCUUCUCAUCUCCUCUCUCUCACUCCACUUUUGUCCCCUCUCUCUCCCCAUUGAUGCUGUGGUGAAGCCAUGGCUGUGCAGCUCAUGGGUUACAGAAACGACACCUUCGCGACCCAAAUCGAAGACAACGCAGUCCAAGAAGCAGCUUCUGGGCUCGAGAGCGUCGAAAAGUUAAUUCGAUUGCUCUCUCAGUCUCAACACCAACAACAGCUACAACAACAAUCUUCUUCUUCUCCAAACUCAAAUCAAAUAGACAUGGAUUGCAGAGCCGUCGCGGAUGUGGCGGUGAACAAGUUCAAGAGGGUGAUCUCUCUACUGGGUCGAACCCGAACUGGUCACGCCCGGUUCCGAAGAGCCCCUCUGGGUUCUUCUUCUUCACCCCCAAAUCUCUCAAAUCUCAGAGACGAAUCCAAACCAGUCUCACCCGAUUCUAGAGUUUAUUCUCCGACCCCAAUCCAGCAGGUCCCUCCUCCUCCUCAUCAUAAUCAUCGUCACUCUCAUCUUCAAGAUCAUGUGAUGGUGAUGAAUAAUGGGUUGAUAGAUAGGAAGGAAUCGGCGUCCUCUAAGACCAUCAAUUUCUCGAUCUCGCCGGCCAUUUCUGGCGCCACCUCGUUCAUGUCGUCGUUGACCGGCGACACAGACAGCAAGCAGCCGUCGUCCUCGUCGGCGUUCCAGAUCACCAACAUGUCCCAGGUCUCGUCGGCCGGAAAACCCCCCUUGUCUUCCUCUUCCUUUAAGAGGAAGUGCAGUUCAUCGGAAAACGCCGCCUCCGGCAAGUGCAGUGGCGGCUCCUCCGGCCGAUGCCAUUGCUCCAAAAGGAGAAAGCUCCGGCUGAAGAGGGUCGUUAGGGUUCCGGCGAUAAGCUUGAAGAUGGCGGACAUACCGCCUGAUGAUUAUUCUUGGAGGAAGUACGGACAAAAACCCAUUAAAGGGUCUCCACAUCCAAGGGGUUACUACAAGUGCAGUAGUGUGAGAGGGUGCCCGGCACGUAAACAUGUAGAGAGGGCGUUGGAUGAUCCAGCCAUGCUGAUUGUGACCUACGAAGGAGAGCACAACCACACUCUCACUCUUGCAGAAACAAGUGGUCUCAUUUUAGAGUCUUCUUAGUUUUUUUUUUUCUUUUUCUUUUUUCUUUUUUUAAUUUACUUACUAUAAUCGAAGAAGGACAAUCAAUGUUUCUCUGUGGUCAAGUGUAGAGUAAACAAGUGUAGCUGUGUACUGGUUGAGCUCAAUGGACUCAACUUUAUCUCUAAGGAGAUUUUUAGUGGAUUAGUUUGUUCCUUGUACAA